AUGUCAAGUCCAAGAAGUUUAAAGUGCAAGCACCGUUUUUGUCCAGAAUGUAUUCAAACUGCUUUAAAUGUGUGCAACAGGUGUCCGGUAUGUCAACAGCCUCAAGGUCGUAUCAUAGGAAACCAGCCCCGUGGACAGAUGAGCUUCUAUACUGAUCGUUACAGCGUUCCAGGCUUCGAAGGUAAAACUCUUUUUGAAUUUAAACAAUAAAUUUGCAUAGCUGCUAGCUGUCACGUGAGUGAAAACUCUCUAAAGAGCGAUUGUACUCACCUAAGACCCACGUAGUUAGCGUCCUUGCAAAUUUCUUUGAACCAGUUAAGGCACGUUUUUACAUAAGAAAAAGGUUAAACUCACAACACCAAUGCGGCCCCCUCACGUCAUGUAAAUCAAUGCUCUGUUUAAUGUAACGUUUGCAGGCUACGGGACAAUAGUAAUCAGUUAUCAGUUUCCGUCUGGAGUACAAGGCUCGGAACAUCCAAAUCCUGGUCAGCAUUAUCAAGGCACAUCACGCAUUGCUUAUCUUCCGGACAAUCGUGAAGGACGAGAGGUGCUGCAGCUUCUGAGGCGAGCGUUUGAUGCUCGACUGGUGUUUACAGUGGGUACCUCAAAUACAACAGGGCUUUCAAAUCAAGUCAUAUGGAAUGAUAUUCAUCACAAGACUAGCAUAUCUGGCGGUCCUUUUGGGUAAGGAGUUAGGUUCGCCUGACUAAGUGCCAUCCAUCAUCCAUACCAUUGCAAUUACAUAGUAUGCAUACAUAUGAUCUCAAGUUUUAAUUAGCCGCCCCAUCGAUGGUCUAAAGCGCGCUUUUUAUAACAAUAUUGUAAUUUAUCUACCUCUUGUUAUUUGCGAAAGCUGCGAUUGAUGUUAAGUAACUGAAAAUAUGAGGUUAACUAAGUCUUAAGCUGAUUAUAAAAUCGCAAAGUCAGUAGAAGAAUUAUUCAAGAAAAUAAUGCUCACUUAAAAUUGGAAUGAAGAUUUUGAAUUUGAUACACAGUUCAUGCAGUAAUACAACUUUGAAUAAUCCAUUCAUCUAUUCUUGCUUCCUGUCCUCUUUUUGUGUAUUUGUUGUAUGUUAUUUAUAGGAAUUAAGAAAAGACAAAGGUCCAUUUAAAUUUAAAGCCAAUUGGCCGGGCUGAAGCAUCAUUUAACUUCGUGGUUGAUUCAUACUUGAUUCAGCAUUUUUUAUUGUACAAUCAAAGACGAAUAUAGCCACUCGUCGUACCUAGUUUUAACAAGAAAAAACCCUUCGAGAAAAGCAUCGGUAAGAUUUAGAAUAAGUAGUCACCAACUUAGAAUUGAAACAGGUAGAUACGAAAAAAUCUCUCGCGAUAUGUUACUUUUGUACAGGUAACAAAAUUGAAGAUGAAAUCAUUAACAUGAUUUUUGUCUUUGUUUAAGGUUUGGAUAUCCCCGAUUCAGACUACCUGAGGAGGGUCAAAGAAGAGUUGGCUGCUAA